GAUCAAUCACGCGCGCCGUGGCACAGAAGCAAUUCGCCUGACCAGCGACCUGAACCCUGCGUUCGCUGAAGCCAUGGUACGCUUUGGGAUUCUCAGGAACGAGGUCAUUGACAAGGCCAAGGAAAAGAGGGAGAAGGCUGAUCGACUUCUUUCGCACAUGUCGAACCAAGUCCAGUAUGGCAUCAAACGACGCUUACGGCGCAGCCGAACUCCACAGAAAUUGGUUGAGGUGAAGGAGCCCAGUGAGGACUCGGAGCCGGAUCUGGAGCAGCUGCUGUCGCAGAAGCAACAGGAAGAGCGGCGGCAACGGAAGCAGCUCAAGAAAUCUGUCGCAAAGUUCGACAAGUGGAUGGCGAACUACUUGGAACGUGAAGGCCUGAAGCCACCGAAGCCGCCGGCUCCGGGUUCACCCGAUUCACCCGAAGCCGACGCGCCGCGUCGGAUACGUCGCCGUCCGAGCACGGCCCCGGCCAUGCGCCGGCCUAGCUGACAUAGCUAUGGAGAAGGGCCCAGUCAUGGAUGGUG